GAGUCUAUCAACCACUUUAGGUAUGCGAACCACCGAUCUAUUUGUCAUCCGUCUCUGUCAGUCCGUCCGUCAAAAUAUUCUUGAACUGUCAUUGAACUACGAAUGCGAAACUUUUGAUAUUAUUGGUUCUUGUCCGAAAUAAUUGAUAUAUUUUAAUAAGAAAUGGGCGGUCACCACGAAGCUCCGUACAAAAUACCGCCUUACACGCAGUUCACAGCGAAGGGGAUCCCACAGCUCGAAGAGCUACAGUCGGCGCUCGCCAAAAGAGGACUUAAGGACCCCUGGAUCAGAAAUGAAGCUUGGCGAUACGACCCGGGCUGGGGCACCCGACUGCAGCGUGCCAGAAAAUUUUUCUUCAAGGGGUUCUCCAUUGGCCUGGCGCUGACUGUCGUCACAGUUGGUCUGGAGAAGGCGUUUGGCGGAGAUGAUGGCCAUGGUCACGGAGACCACCAUUGAUCUCAUGAACUGGAGCUGGUAGACUAUAGAUGAUGUUUGUUAAAUGUUGGUUUAAUUUAUUGCAAUUUGUAUUUGUGUUCUUGGUUGAAAUUUGUUAUUUUGGCCUUGAAUAAAUGGUCUCCAUAUA